AUGCAAUUGCUAGGUACCAGCUACUGCAAUUUAUAGGGUUUCUUAACAACCAUGCGAGCCCUCACUUCAACUCUGAAUUUCUCCAGAAUCACCUCUCUUUAUGGCUUCUUCUUCUUCCUCCUCUUCUCGCAAUUGGUCAUAUGACGUUUUCCCGAGCUUCAGUGGAGAAGAUGUCCGCAACACAUUCCUCAGCCAUUUUCUAAAAGAACUGGAUAGCAAACUGAUCAUCUCUUUCAAAGACAAUGAGAUCGAGAGAAGCCAGUCACUCGAUCCAGAGCUCAAACAUGGGAUUAGAAAUUCCAGAAUUGCGGUGGUUGUGUUCUCCAAAAACUAUGCCUCUUCAAGCUGGUGCCUUAACGAGCUACUGGAGAUUGUGAAAUGCAAGAAAGAGUUUGGCCAACUUGUGAUACCCAUUUUCUACCAUUUGGAUCCAUCCCAUGUGAGGAAACAGACCGGAGACUUUGGGAAGAUCUUUGAAAAGACAUGCCGAAAUAAAACAGUGGACGAGAAAAUCCGAUGGAAGGAAGCUUUGACCGAUGUAGCUAAUAUCCUUGGAUAUCAUAUUGUUACCUGGGAUAACGAAGCAAGCAUGAUCAAAGAAAUCGCCAAUGAUAUUUUGGGUAAAAUUAAUUUGUCUCCAUCAAAUGAUUUUGAGGACUUGGUCGGAAUUGAAGAUCAUAUCACUAGGAUGAGUUCAUUGCUGCACUUGGAAUCCGAGGAAGUGAGGAUGGUCGGGAUAUGGGGUCCCUCGGGAAUUGGCAAAACUACCAUUGCAAGAGCUCUAUUUAGUCAACUCUCUUGUCAGUUUCAAAGUAGUGUUUUCAUUGACAGGGUUUUCAUAUCUAAGAGUAUGGAAGUUUACAGUGGAGCUAAUCUUGUUGACUAUAACAUGAAGUUGCACUUGCAAAGAGCCUUUCUAGCUGAAUUUUUUGACAAAAAGGACAUAAAGAUAGAUCAUAUUGGUGCAAUGGAAAAUAUGGUAAAGCACCGGAAAGCUCUCAUCGUUAUUGAUGAUUUGGAUGAUCAAGAUGUGCUAGAUGCUUUAGCGGGUCGAACUCAAUGGUUUGGAAGUGGGAGUAGAAUCAUUGUGGUUACAAGAAAUAAGCAUUUUUUAAGGGCCAAUGGGAUUGAUCACAUUUACAAGGUCUGUCUCCCAUCUAAUGCGCUCGCUCUUGAGAUGUUUUGUCGUUCUGCUUUUAGGAAGAGUUCUCCUCCUGAUGGCUUUAUGGAGCUUUCUUCUGAAGUCGCAUUGCGUGCUGGUAAUCUUCCUCUGGGUCUUAAUGUAUUGGGUUCAAAUUUACGGGGCAGGGACAAAGGGUACUGGAUAGAUAUGCUGCCAAGGCUUCAAGGUUUGGAUGGAAAAAUUGGGAAAACACUAAGAGUCAGCUAUGAUGGGUUAAAUAACAGAAAAGAUGAAGCAAUAUUUCGUCACAUUGCAUGUAUAUUCAAUGGUGAGAAAGUCAGUGACAUCAAACUGUUACUAGCAAAUAGUAACUUGGAUGUUAAUAUCGGGCUCAAAAACCUUGUUGAUCGAUCCCUUAUCUGUGAAAGAUUCAAUACUGUGGAGAUGCACUCUUUGCUACAAGAAAUGGGUAAGGAGAUUGUCCGUACUCAGUCCGAUGAGCCUGGAGAACGGGAAUUCCUUGUGGAUUUGAAGGACAUUUGCGAUGUACUUGAAGAUAACGCUGGUACUAAGAAGGUUUUAGGUAUAACAUUGGAUAUAGAUGAGACUGAUGAACUGCAUAUACAUGAGAGUUCCUUCAAAGGAAUGCACAAUCUCCUUUUUCUAAAAAUUUAUACUAAGAAAUUGGACCAGAAGAAAGAAGUUAGAUGGCACUUACCGGAACGCUUCAACUAUCUGCCCUCUAAACUUAGAUUAUUGAGGUUUGACAGAUACCCAUUGAAACGUCUUCCUUCUAACUUUCAUCCUGAAAACCUGGUUAAGCUUCAAAUGCAGCAGAGCAAACUUGAGAAGCUGUGGGAAGGAGUUCAUUCACUUGCAGGGCUCAGGAAUAUGGAUUUACGGGGAUCUAAAAACCUGAAAGAAAUCCCAGAUCUUUCGAUGGCCACUAAUCUCGAGACACUUAAACUCAGCAGUUGCUCGAGUUUGGUGGAACUUCCUUCAUCUAUUCAGUACCUGAAUAAGCUGAAUGAUUUGGACAUUUCAUACUGCGAUCAUUUGGAGACUAUUCCCACUGGAGUUAACCUCAAAUCUCUCUACCGUCUCAAUCUCAGUGGAUGCUCACGGUUGAAAAGUUUUCUUGAUAUAUCAACCAACAUCUCAUGGCUUGAUAUAGACCAAACAGCGGAAAUUCCCUCUAAUUUGCGUCUACAGAAUCUCGAUGAGCUGAUAUUGUGCGAAAGAGUGCAGCUGCGUACACCUCUCAUGACCAUGCUUUCUCCCACUUUGACGAGGUUGACUUUUUCGAACAACCAAAGUUUGGUGGAAGUCCCUUCUUCAAUCCAGAAUCUCAAUCAACUUGAGCAUUUGGAAAUUAUGAACUGCAGAAAUCUGGUGACUCUUCCCACUGGAAUAAACCUUGAGUCUCUCAUUGCACUUGAUCUUUCUCAUUGUUCUCAGUUGAGGACUUUCCCUGAUAUCUCGACCAACAUCUCAGAUCUCAAACUAAGCUACACAGCGAUCGAAGAGGUUCCUUUGUGGAUCGAGAAAUUAUCUCUCCUCUGUAACCUAGAUAUGAACGGAUGCAGCAAUUUACUACGUGUAUCCCCAAAUAUUUCUAAACUGAAACAUCUCGAGGGAGCUGACUUUUCAGACUGUGUGGCAUUGACUGAAGCUAGUUGGAAUGGUAGUUCAAGUGAGAUGGCCAAAUUUCUUCCACCUGAUUAUUUCUCAACGGUCAAGCUUAACUUCAUCAACUGCUUCAACUUAGAUCUAAAAGCUCUUAUUCAAAACCAAACAUUUUCCAUGCAACUGAUACUAUCAGGUGAAGAAGUGCCUUCAUAUUUCGCUCACCGUACCACUGGGAGCUCUAUCUCUCUACCUCACAUCUCUGUCUGCCAAUCAUUCUUCAGUUUUAGGGGUUGCACCGUGAUUGAUGUCGAAUCUUUUUCCACAAUCUCUGUUUCAUUCGACAUUGAAGUAUGUUGUCGGUUCAUAGACAAACUCGGGAACCACGUUGAUUCUACUGAUUUUCCAGGAUACUUCAGAACAACAAAUUUGGGUGCUCAUCUGGUUAUCUUUGACUGUUGUUUUCCCUUAAACGAAGACACUACUACUUUUCUGGAUGGUCAAUUCAACUACGAUCACAUGGAUAUACAGUUUCGUCUCACGAAUGGCAACUCUCAGCUCAAAUUAAAAGGAUGCGGCAUUCUACUUUCUGAAGAUGUUCCAUCCCUGGAUAACCAACCUUGCAGUCCAAAUAUUCUUCCAGAUGUUUGUGAAGAUAGCGCUGUAGAGAGGAGUUUCCGAACUAAAAUGCGGACUAAGAUGCGGAUGAUGAGGAGGAGACUACUAAAGAAAGUACUGAAUCGCUAGACAGCCAAUUCGCAAGAUACAUAAAAGGAUGUCUCCUAUUAGGUUCAUGUGGGACCUCCCCCUACAAUAUUCCUUCUUCGUGAAACUUCCACCUUAUAUAAGAAACUAUGACUGUGGACUUAUCAUGCUAUGCUACAACUGUUAUAGAUUAUAGAAUUUGCAAGCAUCAUUGUAAGAUCUAAUGAAGAAGCUAGGAAGGGAGACAUUCGUGAGAGCAGAGAAUAUGGAAAAGCUUUAUUUUUUGUCAACAAAAGAUUUUGUGAGUGGGAAUGAGAAUGAAGAGUGAGGAGAGAAUGGUGUAGAGACGGAGGGAAGAAGGAAGCGAAAGCAGUGUUCCAAGAUGGAUGUCUCUGUUUCAGACAAAAGUUUGCAUAUUCAGAGCCAAAGACUAAGCAAAUGAUGUUCUUCAAGUCUAUCUCGAGUCAUCGCAAACCAAGAUAAGCAUGAAUUUAUAGCCUCCAAUGUUUUUUUUUUUUUGUUGAUCCAACAUGUCUGAAAAAAUAUCAUCAAAAUCAGAUUAUCUUUAUUGUUGUUGGUAGUAUUUGCUCAUUUUAACAGAAGAAAGUCCUUGUGUGAUAAUAUUUUGAAAAUGUACAUCAAUUUUUUGGUUUAAAUUACAAAUGAUUUCCCUUUUUUUUUU